GUGAUAUUAAGGGAGGCGGGGCAACCUUCCAAUAUGGCUGCGCCCAUGGGAAGCAAGUUGUAAUGUAGUUGCCGCGUCUCGAUGGUUUUCUGAGCACGCAUGGAUCGUGGGGAUUUCUUGGUCUCCCUUGUGGCUGGCGGGCUAGCUGGUGUGUGUGUGGAUCUGACAUUAUUUCCUUUGGAUACACUCAAAACUAGAUUGCAGAGUCCUCAAGGACUUAAAAAGGCUGGUGGUUUCCGUGGCAUUUAUGCUGGAGUUCCUUCUGCUGCCAUAGGAUCUUUUCCAAAUGCUGCUGCCUUUUUUGUCACUUAUGAAUAUACGAAAGCUGUCCUGCACACAGAUGCUUCUCCAUAUUUUGCUCCAAUAAUUCAUAUGAUGGCUGCCUCCUUUGGAGAAGUAGUUGCUUGUCUAAUACGGGUUCCUGCUGAAGUUGUGAAACAAAGAGCACAAGUGUCCCCAUCCUCCAGUACCUUACGGAUCCUUUCCCAAACUGUCUAUGAAGAGGGUAUCCUAGGACUCUACCGAGGUUACAAAAGCACAGUAUUAAGAGAAAUUCCUUUCUCUCUUGUCCAGUUUCCUGUAUGGGAAUCUUUAAAGGAACUUUGGUCAUGGAAGCAAGGACACGUGGUGGAUUCUUGGCAGUCGGCAGUCUGUGGAGCAUUUGCAGGCAAGAUUCCAGGUUUUUCUCUUGAAGUCAAAAAGGCAACAAAUAUGUUAGGCAGAUGCCAGUCAGAAGACAGCCAAAAUAGCUUCAACAACUGGAGGUUUCCCCUCUUCAUGUCACCCUUGCGUGGCUGCAGCCACUGCUGGUACUGAAUCACAACCAACAACACACAAGUGUAAUUCUGCUUCUACUCAAUGUCUCAGAUGUAUUCUGGAGAGUCUUCUAAUUCUGUGUAGUAGACUGAAUAGGGGUGCAGAAGACAGAAGAAUGAUAUGGAAUGACACAAUUGGACAUGGGCUGAGGGCCUCACUUAAUAUUGGGAGAAUCAAAGAGGCUCAGUGGGUAGAUGAUCAUGUAAAUGGGUGAGGUUUUGAUUUUUACUUUGGUGGUCAUGGUUUUCAAAAACUAGAUUGUUUAUUCCAGGGCUUCUCCUUCAGUUUUAAUGUGCUUUCUGUCUCAAGGGGGUAGAAAAAUAGUACCAUUAAUUUUCAGUAUUAAAUUGAGACUUACCAAAAGGGGGGAAGGACCAGCGGUUGCCCAUAUUUGCUAGAAUAGUUCUUCUCUUCAACUUAUAAGAAAGAAGCUGUUUUUAAAAAGAUUGGGAAGAGGAGGGUAGGGUAAGGUAGGGGAGGAGAGAAGAGAAGAGAAAGAAAAAGAAAGAGAGAAAGAGGAAGAAAAGAGAAGGUUGUCUUGCAUGAAAACUGGAUUUUUGGAGCUACUGUGUCUUUAGUUGAAGCAGAGGACUGGAGGGCAUGCAGCCCCCCCCAUCUCUUAAUUCUCUGGCUGAUAAGUGAGACCAGAAUGGCAGCAUUUGCUCUGUAAUUCUACAACAAUCCUCCCAACACUUUGAAUUGGGCAAAUUAAAAUUGGCUAAAUUAUCCAGUUUAAUUUGUAUUAUAGCAAAGGGAAAAGAAACACUAUCAUGAUCAAGGAUGCGGAAAUACAAAGUCCAUGAUCAGAAGCCCUGUCAUUCUACAUGUCAGAUGCUCUAUAGAGGCAGAGAGGCUCAAUGUAAUGCUUUGUUGGAAAAAGCCAGAUGCUGUACUUUUUUUCAACUUGUGACCAAGAUUGGAACUGAUAGAAAAACUCAGAAGGAAUAAGUCUACCCAGAGGGAGAGACAGUUGGUAUAUUUAGGGAUACCUCAUAUUAAUAAAGACAUUAAAACAAUCCUCUCUACUGCUACAGUUGCCUUCCCCAAACAUACAAAACCACACAGUACAUCUCUCAACAGCCAUGAAAAUAUUCAUGCAAAACACGUUUGAACCAAAUAUUGGUCUUCUCUAGUGAGUUUGUAAGGUCAAAACUAUAAUUUCUCACCUGAAUAAAGAGAAAAAUAUAAAAGCCUAUCCUUCAGUAAUGCAUUUAAAAAUUUAGAAAUGCAUUUAAUUUUUAAGAUUCCCCCCAAAGUUUAGAUAUUGAAUAUAUUUAUUGGCUACCCUGUAUCCCAACUUCAUUAUUUAAUUUAAAAAAAUAGUGUUAUGAUGAACUGCUCUGAGAAGGGAUUUGUUUUCUGAAGUAAACCUAGACUUAAAGAUUGCUGUUAAUAUAGUUUUGUUAUUCUAUCCAGUGUAGAAGUUUCCUUCUGUUAGAUUGCUUUAAUUCACACUGAUGCUUUUUAUAAUAUAUUGGAUUGACAAUACUGUUUUGAUGCAUUUGAAGAAAUUGAUGAAUGCUGUAGUGUUUUUCCACUUCAUCUUGUCCGUAAGACACAUUUCUUCUUCAAUCAUGGACAUGUCAUAAGAGCAGAAAUCUAUUGAAAGUGAAGAUUGCAAACAAUAAAAUGCUAGCAAUGGCUUUUUUGCCCAUAAAGCUGGACAGCUGCCUUGGUUUCCCUUUUGCUCUAAUUAGGUCUGACAAGUUUACAGUGCUGUGUUUAGAGAGUUUCCCUGCCCAUACAAGGCAUUUAAAGUCAAUGAUGACAUCUCUCUUUAGAAGUGACUCUGUGCAGAUGCUCAAGACAGUCCUUCCAAUCCUAAAUUGGUUAAAGAGUUACAGAGGAAAUGCCCAGUUUUAAAGUUUCUGCUCCUAUUGUGUCUCAAAUCUUCUUUUUAUAGAAUAUCAACAUUUACUUUUUAACUGAUGAAAGUCUUUGGGGAUGUGAGUCCUCCAGGAGCUUUUAAUCUAAAUAUACACAUAUGGAUGCUGAUAUUCUUAAAUCUAAGUCUCUUUAAGAGACCUUAAAUGAAGUGUGGAUUUCUUUAAGAAGUACAAUUUAGCCAGUGGGCAGACAUUGGCAAAAAAUUGCCCACUGGGGGAUAGGUACCAUCAUAGCAUAUAAUUGUCACUAUUAUUUGAUUCCAGAUGGAUUAUAUUUCCUUUAAAGAUCUGUUAGCAAUUAAUGUUGGGCGAGCCAGACACCAAGUUGCAGGAGGCAGGACUCACUAUUUUUUUCCCACUAGGCUUCCAAACCGCACCUGAAGUUAAUUCUCCUAGCAGAGGCAGUGAGAAUCAGAAAUACUAUGAAGUAAAAUGUACAUGAGGCUGGCGCUUCAUGAUGUUACAUGGAAGGCAUCUUGUUUAAAUUGUUAUUGCUGAAUUAUUUUUGUGUAUGAUCUUGGUAGCAUUGAUUCUGUUUGCUAGAGGAAUCAAUUAUGGUGGCUUUUUUCUCUAAGGAACUGUAC